AUGCGUUGAUUUCAAAGUUUGUGCCACUUUUGGGAAACGCCGAAACCGUAGAUAAAAGUAAGCAAAAAGAAAAAAGACUGUUAAGCUCCACCAAUUGGCAAAGACAUCGACCAUUCAGAAUGAAAAAAAGUGUUAUAUCACUAGUAUGCUGGAUGGCAGCAUUAGGUCUGGCGCAUAAGCCAGUCGUAUUAUGGCAUGGAAUGGGUGACUCAUGCUGUGACCCGGAAUCGAUGGGAAGAGUAGCAGGGUUGAUCCAAGAGGCGCUUCCGGGAACUUUUGUACAUAGCGUGCAGAUAGGGGAUGAUCCCGAUAGUGAUGCCAAUGCUGGAUUUUUCGGUAACAUCAAUGAACAGCUAGAGAAGGUUUGCAAUGAUUUGGCGGAAAUACCUGAGCUCCAAGACGGGUUUAAUGCCAUUGGCUUCUCACAGGGUGGACAGUUUCUAAGGGGAUACGUUCAACGCUGUAAUCAGCCCGCUAUCCAUAACCUAAUAACAUUUGGCUCUCAGCAUGCUGGUGUUUCGGACAUACCUGGGUGCGCAGAUCAACCUGAUUUCCGCUGUAACUUGAUGAGGAGUAUAGCACGGAGAGGAGUCUACACAGAUUAUGUCCGCAAGCAUAUCAUUCAAGCGCAAUACUACAAGGAUCCCAAAAAUUACGACGUCUAUUUAAACAAGAAUAUUUUCCUCCCGGACAUCAACAAUGAAUUUCUUCUUCACAAGAACAAGACAUAUAAGCAAAACCUGCUGUCUCUGAAUAAGCUAGUAUUGAUCAAAUUUGCGGAAGAUGAAACAGUUCGUCCAGCGGAGAGUGCGUGGUUCUGGUUUUAUAACGAGGAAGGUGAUCUCAUUCCUCUAGAGGAUCAGCCUCUGUAUACUAAGGACUGGCUGGGAUUAAAGACACUCAAUGAGGAUAAUCGGAUCGACUUUGAGGUUUGCCCAGGAGCUCACAUGCGCAUCUCAGACGAAUAUUUGAUUAUGAUUGUUUCAAAAUAUCUUUCAUCCGAUCUACCGCUCCUCAUGCAACAGACGCCCGCAUAAUGUAUACAACAUAUUUGCUAUCUUCACUAGCUUUUCUUACUAGGGUUUUUUCAAAAGUGGGUUUCUUUAUUUACAUCCGCAUACAUUUCUGAGAAGACAAUGCGCUUGGUUUUCAAAAUUACCUUCCGCUCACGAUGAUGUCCAUAUAAUUUUCCCAAUACAAUUGAAUAGAGCCAGAUUGGCUUGUGUCGAGGCGUCCAAAGGUAUCAGUCGCCUGCUUGCAAGUGAUGCAU